UACAUUUCUUACAGGUUUUGAAGAACACAUGGAGAACAGCAGCACCGAGUAUGGUUCUUCUUCUUCCCAUUUGUGGUGGCUUGAUAACAGCCAUAAUCGUUGCCAUCAAUCUCAAUGGCUUCAGUUUACUCUAUCAGGUUACAUUAUCUCUCUUUCUCUACAGACUAAAUUACAGUUAAUUUUGUGUCAAUUUCGAUAUCGAGAAGUCAACGGUUUGACUCUAAAAGUCAAAGGGUAUGAAAGACUAAUAAGUUUGAUGCAUGUAGAGUUUGAGAAGAAGGUUAAAAAGAUGUUGAGUUUGAUUGAAGAAGAUGGUGAUAGUUUUGCAGAAAGGGCUGAGGUGUUCUACAAAAAGAGGCCUUCCAUCAUUGCAUCCGCGGAAGAUCUUCAUGGAUCAUACCGGAGUUUGGCUGAAAAGUACAACCAGCUCGUGAGCGGAUAUGAAAAUGGUUCCGAUCAUGACCAUGACGCUGGCUUGGACUUUGAGAGAUGGUUAUCUCUCGAAAGCCGAACCGAACUAAAGAAAAUGAAACAUGGGGUUCUGCGGUUUGAUGAUGAUUUUGAAAUUGGUUGGAACAAGUUGAGGUUGACUCUGAUGAAACUUGUUCAGGAUAGUUUAGAGCAGAAAGUCGAGCUGGUAAAGAGGAACAAUGAUAAUAGGGAAGCCAUUAACGACCUGCGUGCUUACAUCCGUAAGCUUCUCGUUCAGAAUAUCGAACUAAAGAGUAAAUUAGCUCAGACGAAAGGCGAUAUAAAGCGGAAUGAAUCUCAGCUCUCGAGAGCAGAAGAUGUCAUUUUGAAAGAAAUUCUGCCAUAAACUGAGAAACCUAUCGUAGUCCAUUUUUCUCCCUUAGACACUACCGUUCGUUGGUUUUGUAGCAAGUUUUCGUGCAACUGUAAUCUAAAGCUAGUCAUGACUUCUUUUUU